CCCGCUGUCAGUAAUUCUAGGAGGAGCCCACGCGCUCCACAUGCUCGGCUCGAGAUGAGCGGCUGUUAGAUGCACUUGGAUUACCGGCUGCUGAACUGAAACGACGUCUCGCUCACACAAAAAUUAUGUAAAACAGUGACGUUUCUGAUUACACGUCUUUUUAACGAGUGGAUAUUCUCCUCAGACGGAGAUAAAAACACAAGAUGCAGUAGCAUCACUUAUUUUUAGUCCCAGACGAUGGAAUUCAGUUUGAAAAGCCCAGUGUGAGAAAGUAAAGUACGCACAGGAUUUACAUUCUCAUCCACAUAAAGAUAAAGCCGGGAUUUGAGAACAUGGGUUGGCAAGAGACCCUAUGGCUUUUGACAUCAUUUAUCUUGAAUGUAACAAAGGCUGGAACAACUGAGACAAAAACAGAGCCUAGCGCUGAUUUAUCCCUUACUCCUGUCAUGAUGGCAGUGGAUGGAGAGAGACUGAUCAUGACUCAGUCUCAGUACAAAUGUCUGGAACUUCUGAGCCGAGAUGGAUCCCAUAAUAAAACAGGGUCGUUUUGCAGCAGAUUCUGGGAUGGCUUGCUCUGUUGGGAUGAAACCCCAGCUGGAACCUUUGCCUCACAGAACUGUCCAGAUUACCCCAGCUUUGACCCCUUAGAAAAAGUAACCAAAUACUGCGAUGAAUCUGGCAACUGGGUACACAGUUCAUCCAUCAAUAAAACCUGGUCCCACUGUCUCACAUUCUCAAAGGAAAAAAUUAAGACGUUACCAGUUCAUGGCUUUUUAGAGACAGAGACGGAGAUGGAUCCUACAGCUGAGAGUCAGGUCAGCCCUGUAGUGACUCAGAAAGCGGAGGAGAGGAAGAAGAUCAUCGAUGGUCAAUAUAAAUGCUUUGAGAAAAUGAACAGAGACCAGCCAUAUAACAAAUCAGGUCCAUACUGUAACCGGACUUGGGACGGAUGGCUAUGCUGGGACGACACUCCAGCAGGAAUGUACACUUCUCAGUACUGCCCCAAUUACUUCCCUGACUUUGACUCCACUGAAAAAGUCAUCAAAUAUUGUGAUGAGACUGGAAACUGGUUCAGACACCCUGAAACAAACAGGACUUGGUCCAACUACACCCUUUGCAUUGCUCAUACCAAGGACAAAAUCAAGAUGGCGUAUAUCUUGUAUUACAUGGCGAUUGUGGGUCAUGCUCUUUCUAUCGUGUCCCUUCUCAUCUCGCUGGCCAUAUUCUUUUAUUUCAGGAAUCUGAGCUGUCAGAGAAUCACUCUACACAAGAACUUAUUCUUCUCGUAUGUGCUCAACUCCGCCUGUACCAUCAUCAACCUUUUAACUGUGGUCAACAACCCCAGAGUGGUGCAGAAGAAUCCGAUUGGCUGCAAGGUGCUGCACUUCUUCCACAUGUACAUGCUGGGCUGUAACUAUUUCUGGAUGCUCUGCGAGGGGAUUUAUCUGCACACGCUGAUUGUGGUGGCUGUUUUUGCAGAGGAGCAGCAUCUGCACUGGUAUUAUCUUCUGGGCUGGGGAUUCCCCUUGGUGCCUGCAUCCAUCCAUGCUGUGGCGAGAAAGAAAUACUUUGAUGACAACUGCUGGAUGAGUGUGGAGACCCAUCUGCUCUACGUGGUUCACGGCCCUAUUAUGGCAGCUUUAUUAGUCAAUUUAUUCUUUCUGCUGAACAUAGUACGGGUCUUGGUGACCAAACUGAGAGAUACACACCGUGCGGAGUCUAACAUGUAUAUGAAAGCGGUGAGAGCCACCCUCAUUCUGGUGCCCUUAUUGGGCAUUCAGUUCGUCAUCUUCCCUUGGCGACCAGAAAACCGCUUGGCAGGAGAGAUAUAUGAUUACUUCAUGCACAUAUUAAUGCAUUACCAGGGAUUGCUGGUGGCAACCAUAUUCUGUUUUUUCAAUGGAGAGGUCCAGGGAGCUCUGAAACGGCAGUGGACGCAAUACAAAGCCCAGUGGGGUCAGCGUCGACGCGAGCACUGCUCCAUGAGAUCCACCUCCUACACCGCCACCUCCAUCACCGAGGUACCCGCGUUCAUGUUCCAUCACGACAGCAACAGUGAACACUUGAACGGAAAACAAACAGAAGACUCAGAGCUAGUGGCCCUCAAGACGGGCGAGACGUACGCGUGAACGUUCGGAGAAAAAGACAAUACUGGCAAAGGGAUUCAGUCAAACUGGAGACUGGAUGCUCCUUUAAAGCAACAUUGACUGAAUGUUUGCAAACUCCCCCAUCUCAGACAGCUCUUAAGAGCUGACAACAGAGCAUCCAAAGCCUGUGUUGGCACCACUGAAACUCUAUUGCUCUGCUUCUGCGAGUUGAAACGCAGAAAAAUACAGACACGGGCCGCAAAAUAUGUUAUAUUAAAGCUGCUAGAUUCAGGCUCCCUUCACAUCCUUUUCAGGAACGUGACCACAAAACAAAAAAAGAUUCUUCGCAAAAAACCAAAGGAUGUGUCGAUUUGUGGGACACUCUCGAGCUACUGGGAAACAAUCCUCUAGAGGACAGGCUACACUCAUCCGUCUCUGAACAAAGGCAAAGCAAGUUCCUCUGUGCCUGAAUCCUGUCACUGAAACAUCAAAAUAUGUUACAGGGAUCUGAUGGUCAAUUCGCAUUCGAGAAUAGCUUUUUAUCUGUCUUGCGAGACUCCUGACUGCUUUAUUGUUUUUGCAGCUGUGCUUUUUUGCCUCGACUUUGUCGCAAAAGGGGGUGUGGAGGAAAAAGAUGAACAACAUGGACAAUUUUAGGACUGCUUGAAAGUCAUUUUGAUAAAACUGUGCAUAGAUAUGCAUAGACAUGUA